UUUCUUCCCUCUCUGCUGUUUCUCUUUUUACUGCGAUAGUGGUACGAAGAAAGAAACAAGACAUUACCUGGAUAUGAAUGUUUUUGUACAUCCUUGAUAUGCAUUUAUGGCCGCGAGCUUACUUAGCGAGAGAUGUUCUCUCUUUUAUGUUGGUUUUGUUUCGUUACUUAUCUAUAUAUUACGCCCCAUUUUUUUCUUUAACAUCAACAUUAUUUAUUCUUACAAUCCUCACUGCCAAUUUCCUUUAAGAUCAAACGAUAAUCUUGCUUCCUCCGUUCUUUCUUUUCUCUCUUUUUUUUCACUCAAGCAUCGCCAUCAUAUCGUUUUCUCAAUGUUCGAUAUCGUUUCAAAUAAUACCUAUUAUACCCCAACGGCAAGGAGGAGAGAUGUGGGUUAGUGGAUGGAAUGCUGCGGAAUGGGAGAAUGAGUGCAUAUUUUUGUGGUGCGGAUGUGGAAGGCGGGUUUUAUGGCUGUGAACAGGGUGUUUUAAGUAAACAGAUUGUUACUUUAUGCUCAUGAAGCUCCUUUUUUU